AUGGCCGUAACGGAGAAUUGGGAUGGUCCGCCGCUCCACUUGUUUAGGAAGCCAAAAUCUAUUUGUAUUUGUGCACACACCAACUCAUCGUUGAAUUCUCUUGGGAAAUUACUUGGUCUUGAAAAAGUCAAUGGAGAAAUACAUGCAGUUGGGGAUGGGACCCUCCCACAUUUAAGAGUGUUGCACCUUCACGGGAUGCGGAAGCUGAUGAAUCUUGGGGAGGAUAGCUUCGGACCAGCAUGCCCAUAUUUUCCAAAUCUGGAAAUUCUGAAGCUAGAGGAAUGUGACAGCUUAAAGAAUUUAAGAUCAUCCGCAAUAUCCUUCAAGAAUCUAACAACUUUGCAAAUAAGUCGUUGUAAGGGAUUGAAAUACUUGAUAUCUUUCUCCAUGGCCAAAAUUUUGAUGCAACUCACAAAAUUGGAAGUCCAGGAUUGUGAGGAAAUGAUAGAAAUAGUGGGGAGCAAUGAAAAUGAUGAUUCAGAAAAUGAGAUUGAAUUCAGGGUGUUGAGACAUUUGGAACUUUCUGCUCUACCAAGUUUGAGAGGCUUUUGCUCUGCGACUCGCAUUGCCAAAUUCCCAUCCUUGGAAAAAUUAUCCAUGAGUUGUACUCAACUGGAGACGUUCAUCUUUGAUUCUAUGGGUAAAAAUAAUACAAUUAGCAAGGACAUCAAAGACACCGACUCAAGCGAAAACCACGAGACUGAAGUAGUGCAACCUUUUCUUUUUGACAAUAAGGUUGAAUUUCCGAGGUUGAAGAGUUUGUUUCUCAAGGAUCUAACAAAGUUGACCACAAUAUGGCACGGUCAACUUUCUCUAAACUCUUUUAGCAGUCUAAAAGACCUUGCAGUACAUGAAUGUGGAAAUCUAAUAAAUAUCUUUGCGUCCAGUACUAUGGGAAGAUUGAAUGCCCUUGAAACCUUAUCGAUAGAAGAGUGCAAGUCGGUACAAGUUGUAUUUGAACUUGGAGGAAUUGAUGUUAUAGAAGAACAGGACACAUCAGCAGUCACUCGGUCGAAACCUUUUGACUGUAGAAAUCUAAAGUCGGUAGAAAUUGAUUCUUGUGAGAGUCUAAGAAACAUUUUCCCAGCUUCGGUUGCUAGAAAUCUUCAACAGUUGGAGAGGCUGAUACUGAGGGGCUGUGGAGUGGAGGAAAUCAUUGCAUACGAAGGGGAACCACAAACAACACCGAAGUUUGUUUUCUCAAAAGUCACGUCUGUGUAUUUUGUAGAACUGUCCCAACUUAGGAGUUUCUAUCCAGCCAUGCAUGUUUCUAAUUGGCCAGCACUUCAAACGUUGGCUGUUGUUCGAUGUCACAAAUUGGAGAUCUUCUGUGGGGCACUUUCAAGCUUUCAAGGGAAAUAUGAAUCAAAUCCGUCCACUCCAAUUAAACAAACUCUCUUUUCAAUUGAGAAGGAUUCAUUUCCCAACUUGGAAGACUUGAAUUUAUGCAGCAUGGAGAUUUGGAAUGGUCCACUUCCGGUCCACUUCUUUAGAAAGCUAAAAUCUCUUACAGUUUGUUGUCCACAGUCCAAGUCGGUUGUUUUCCUUGACAAAUUACUCGAUGAAGGAAGCUCUAGUACUAGGCAAAGAGAGGAUGCAGUUGAGAUUGGGACCCUCCCACGUUUAAAAAAGUUGCAUCUUCAUUUAAUGCCCAAGCUGGUGCACCUCGGCGAGGAUAACUCACAAUCAGCCCCCCGCCCAAAUUUUCCAAAUCUCGAAAUUCUACUGCUGAGUGCUUGUGCCAGCUUACAGAAUCUAACAUCAUCCGCAAUAUCCUUUCAGAAUCUGACAACUUUGGAUGUACAUUUUUGCAAGGGAUUGAAAUACUUGCUAACUUACUCCGUCGCCAAAGGUUUAGUACAGCUCACAAAACUGGAAAUUAAGGAUUGUAGGAGACUUGUUAGUAUAGUGGGAAGCACUGAAGAAGAAGAUUCUGGAAAUAGUGAUGAGAUUAUAUUCAGGCGGUUGAAACAUUUGAAACUUUCUAUUCUGCCAAGACUGCAAGGCUUUUGCUCUGGAAAUUGCAUCGCUAAAUUCCCGUCCUUGGAAACUUCAAGCAUGAGCAACCGCCUCAAAUUGAAAAUCUUCACAGCUCAUGACCAAACGCUACAGCUAACAAACGAAGAGGAAGACACAGAUGUUGACUUAUGGGAGUGGAUGCUGCCUAUUGACAAAUGAAAUGAGCUCGGCAAGUACUGAUUGAUAUCUUGACCAGAUUUCACUAUUCUACUGCUCCACCUCGCUGCAAUUGCUCCUCUUUUCUGGUAAGUGGAAGAUUGUUCACCAGAUUGUGCAUUCAUGGUGUUAUAAACUUGUGGCGUGUCCUAUGUGCACCAAGUGUUUGCGGAAAUGCUUGUGUGAUUGUUUGUGUGGUGAUUUUGCUGCAUUUCAAUUCUUGUGCUUUUAUUGAUUUA